UUACGUUUACAUUCUGUUCUCGACGUCGCGUUCAUCGUAGGGAGCCAUUAGCCUCGUCCGCGUUAAGCAUCGUGCCAUAUUCCCAUUCGCGCCCUAAUACUAACAACAUUCUCGUAGUUUUAAGUGAAAUAUUAUGAGAGUGAAAACCGAAAUGGACGACGACGAAAAGGGAAAGCUGUUUGUUGGUGGUUUGUCAUGGGAGACAACACAAGAAAACCUGCAACGUUACUUUGGCCGUUAUGGCGAAGUAAUUGAUUGUGUUGUUAUGAAAAACAGUGAAUCUGGACGCAGUCGUGGUUUUGGAUUUGUAACAUUUAGUGAUCCAGCUAAUGUUCCAUUAGUUCUUCAGAAUGGACCGCAUCAACUUGAUGGGCGCACAAUUGACCCGAAGCCUUGUAAUCCACGCACUCAGCAAAAGCCGAAACGCAGUGGAGGCUUUCCAAAAGUUUUCCUUGGUGGCUUACCAAGUAACGUGACUGAAACAGAUUUGAGGUCAUUCUUUACCCGUUUUGGUAAAGUUAUGGAGGUUGUCAUAAUGUAUGAUCAAGAAAAGAAGAAGUCAAGAGGAUUUGGCUUUCUCAGUUUUGAGGAUGAAGACGCAGUGGACCGAUGCGUAGCGGAGCAUUUCGUCAACUUAAAUGGAAAACAGGUUGAAAUCAAACGUGCAGAACCACGAGAUUCUUCUAGCAAAAUGAAUGAUAGCCAUCAAGGUCAAUGGGGACCACCUCAACAAGGUGGGCCUCCAAUGGGUAUGGCUGGGAAUAUGGGACCUAUGGGCGGUCCAAAUGGUCAGAUGGGUGGACCUAUGAUGGGGGGUCCAAUGGGCCCACCAGGAAACAUGAUGCAGCAGUAUCAAGGUUGGGGUACCAGUCCUCAGACUGGAGGAUAUGCUGCUGGAUACACUACUCAAUAUAAUUCGCAAGGUUGGGGUGCACCUCCUGGUCCUCCACAACAACAACAAAUACCGCCGCCUCCCCAUCAUCAGUGGGGGAAUAGUUACAAUGUCCAGCCUGCGGCAGCUACUCAAGGAUAUGGAAGCUAUGGUGACAUGUAUUCGCGACAGACCACCGGUUCAGGUGCACCUGGGUCCAGUAGCAGUUCAGCUAAAACUCCGGAUUAUACUGGGUACUCUGCAUAUGGUAAUUACGCUGACACCAGUUAUCCUCAGCGUUCGUACCAAGGAGGAGAAAGCAACCAAGGAAAGUGGAGAAUACAUCUGCCCGACUUAAUAAAAUGGAACCGCCAAGGAAAAGAGGUUAUUAGGUUCUAGAAAUAUUGAUUUCAUUGAUCGCUCGCGACAACGGCCCAUGAUCUUAUUGGGUUUCAAAGGUACUGUGGAAACAAUUGAAACCACACAUUUAAAACAGAUAAACAGAGAGGAAUAAGUAGCAAAAAAAGCAAGACGAACAAAAUGCCAGGACAAAGAGUAAAUGGACACCCAUGGUGCAAGUAAACUUUUGUAUGGCACUGGGAUAGAGGGUAGGAAGCGGAACAUAGAAGUAUUAUAAGAGUUAGAUUGAAUGGAAUAAGUAAAAUAAAGCAAAUAAAACGAAAGCGAGUGUAAAGAAUAAGGGAAUGCUGAACAUUAAUUACUUACCAGCAUUUGAGCGGGGGAUGGAUGAAAUUUCGUUUUGAGAAAUUUCUUCUCAGUGGAUGGCACAAAUUUCGAUGCUCGUUCACCUUUUUGAUACUUUUAGUGAACACUUCGGUAAUUUGAAAAUAAGAAUAAUUAAAUAAAAGAAAUACUAUAUUACGGUCUCCAGUGCAAGGUCAUUGAAUGACUGACACAUUUGAGACACCCGUCCCUCCACGAUCUCGUAUUUAUUAAAACAGAUAUGCUGGAAUGAAGGAAAAUGAAAACGUAAGGAGUAAUUAAUGAAAUAAUUAAGUAAGGUGUUCACACAGGCUGACUUAUAAUCUAAACUACAGAGAUAGUGUAAAAUAAAUAGAUCCUUUUAAUAUGAUGUAUGUAUAUCUAUAACUUUAUUGACAGCAGGCUGCAGUUUCCUUAAGCAUGUUUUUUCUCUUUUCCUUUUUUUUUGUGUGUUUUGUUAUUUUCAUAUUGUAUCUCUUAGGCAUAUUGACGUUUAGUUCCUUUUUCUUUUAUUCUUCUUCACUUAUGACUUUUCCUAAUCUAAAUCUGGUCCUUUUCCGUUUCCAUGUAUCUGAAAAAAGUUGAUUGUUUUUGGAGGGAAGAGGACGAGAAAGGAAACGAAAAAAAAGAUAUCGAAUUUUUUAAUGAAGAUUAAAAAAAAAGAAAAUUUGUAUAAUAAGAACUUUUGAAUCGUUAGACACGUUUCUGUACUGUCAUAUUGCAUCAAACAUGGAAACUAGUUUAUUUUUUAUCUCGGAUUUAUAAUAGUUAAUUAUUAGGCACCUUUAAGACUACAAUUAUUGUUACUAUUAUUAUUACUUCUAUGAUAAUUAUUACUAUUAUACUACUAUUAUCAUUAUGAACUAUUUACAGCUAUUUAUCACUAUUUACUGUUGCGACUGCUCCUACUGCAACCAUUAUGAUUGCACUACUAUACACGCUAUUAUUACUGUCUAUGAUAAUUAACAAAUAUUGUACGAUGAUGCUUAUAAGUGUUUAAAUUUUAGAUGAUUAGAUAUGAAAGAGAUCAUGAUAUCUACUGGAUGGAGGGAGGGGUAUUUGUAAUAUGUGCGGUGUACUCGGCGGGGGGCGUCGAUCUGAAAAGUCUACCUGAUUAAAUAUAUGACUUAAUUGUAUUUACUCUGUAGGAUUUACCAUAGUUCUAAACAAGGAAUAUUUCGGAAGAAUGCUCUCAAAUGCUCAUGUUUAUUACUGAGCGAGUCGCGUUGUGUCUUACUUUGUCAAUAAGAAUUGCAAGUAUUGCGCUAAUGUAAUUUUAAAUUUUUUACGAGGUCACACUAUAAUCAGUAGGUUACAAUUAAUAACGGAUCAACAAUUUGCGUAAGCUUCCUCACUAUUGAUCUCAAUACGAUUUAGCUUUUUCUUUCCCUUUAUGGCAUCUGUUCUUUCUCUCGUCAAAUUGUUGUAACUUUAACCACUUUUUUUUUCGUUUCUACAUUGUUUUCUUUAUUAUUUCACCUUGCCAUAUUUCUCGUAAUACACAAAUUCGUAAUAAGCGGUGCGAAUUUUUUUUUGUGUAUGUCAUUGAUCGACUUUCAAAUCAAUUAACUCCUGUACUUAUCCUCCGCAUUGUCUAUUUAAAGUGCUCGUUACCAUUUUCGGAUUCGAUACGUUUAAUUAACAGUAUCGCGUAGCAUCGUAGUAACAGAUAUGUAAAAGUCGAUGGGAUGAUGAGAAAGCAUUAACAAACGCGACUCGUGGAAACUUCUGGGAUCAACGCAAUAACACAUUUACUGACUAAACUAAAGACAAGAAAAGACGAGUAGGGAGCUCAAUCAAAGGAAAACCACCUUUUACACUAAUUAUUAUGGUAAUUACACGAAACACGUAAAACAUAACCGUACUCUCAACAGAUACACAUGUAACACGUACACUUCUACGCGCAUAAAGAAGUAAACUAAUUAAACAGAGGCCACAAGUUAUUGAACAUCCAAAUAAUAGUAAAUUAAUAAGAUGCUAAAAGUAGAUAAUGAAAAAGAAGUUAAAAUGAAAGGGCGAUGACUUUGUGGUUGUACUAAAUAAUACGUUAUUUAAUACCUACUUGAGAGGCAGAGAGCGAGAGAGGGAGAGAAAGAUGAGAGAGAGACUGUGAGAGCAGCAAAUUUAAAUAGCGAGAGAGAGAGAGAGAGAGAAAGUUUUUAUCUUUACGGCUGUUUUUUCAGAACUUAUUUUAUAAAGUAAUAUAAUAAAGAAACGUAAAUGAAAAAGCCACUAGUAUAUCGAUUAUGAUUAUAAUUAUUACUACUAACUAUUGUAUUUCUUACUAUUAUCGAUUUUUAAAAUAAAGUUAAAGCGUAUAAAUUUAAAGGAUUUUUAAGUGUAUGCAAAGCGUUAGGAGAAAGUGAUCAUAAUAACAUUUGAUUUAUAGAUGUAUUAAGGAUAUAAUUAAUGUGUUUGCUGGAAUCGGUAAGCCAGGUAAAUUAAUUUAUAUUAUAAUUAACGAGUCUCAGAGGGAUGAUUAAAUUACUCUAGUACGAAGGGAUGGGAAAUGUGAGGGAGAAAAAAAAGUAAAUAAUGACACAAAGUUAAAUGGCUGCCUUGCCGCACUUGUAUA